AUGGACGAUCGACUUCUUUUGUCAGACAAUACUGAUGAUGAUCAAGCACAAGGUGAUGGAUCAUUGUCUUCAAUGACUUCUGACGACGAUGAUGAUGAUGAUGAUGAGGAUGCUGAAAAUACUCGUCCAUUAACAAGUUCAUUAACAUCUUUUUUAUCUAAUGAAGAUAUCGAUAAAUGUCUGUACGUGACAAAUAUUAAUUGGCGACGAAGAUUUUCUAUUCGUUUAUCAAAUGGACAAUUAGAUAAUUUACAAUAUGAUCGACGUGAAAGAGUUUAUUCCGCAAGUUCAACUGAUCAUAUAAAUUUAAAUCGAACAAAUCCAUUAUAUCUUUCACGUUAUCGUAAUUCGUGGUGGUUUCGUAGUCGAACAGUAUCACCAUCAUCAUCAUCAUUUGAUGAAUAUAAUUCAUCAUUAAAUUCCACAACAACAGCAUAUGCUCGUUUAAAACGUUUUACACAACGUUUACUUGAAUUAGAACGUAAAGCACUUGAAAAUAAUUUUGAUAAUAAAUGUAAUAAACAAAUUUCAACAAAAACGGAUCAUACAAUUGAAAAAACAAACGAUCGAUCGUUUAAAAAAAACGACGAUCAUUUAUCUUCCAAUGUUCGUCAAGAACAAAUUAAAAAAAAAUCUAUUCAUUUACCAAAUUCAAAAAUAAAACUUCGUCGUAUUCAUAGUUAUCCACAAUUAAUCAAAAAACAAACAUCAACCUAUGUUCCAUUACGUCGUAUACGAACUAUGUCAAAUAUUAAAUUUUUACCAACUGAAUUACAUUCAAUACCAAAUCAAAAUAUUCUACAAGAAAAAUCUAAUCCAAUAAUAAAAGAAAAACAAAUAUCAUUUGAAGUUAAAACAAAUAGUUAUAAUAGAAAAAUUGAAGUUAAAACAACACAAGAAGAUAAAAUAUGUACAAAAACAAAAUCAACAUCAACAUCACCAUCUAUAGUUACACGAAUUAUUAAAACUGAAACAACACCAAAUCAUAUUAAUGUACAACCAAAACAAAGACAAACUUCAAGUAGCUCUAUACAACGUGUUCGUGUUAGUGUUAGUUCAUCACCACAAGGAAGUGAACUUGAAAAAAAUAUUCAAACACAAUUUUCCUAUCCAUCAAUGCCAAAUGAUGAAUCCUAUUCAUCAAUGAUAUCAAAUUUUGUUUCAGAAAAUCUUACAACACCAACAAAAUUUGAUGAAGAAGAAACAUUUGAUCGUCGACCAUUACUGGAUCUUAUUAGUGAAUUAAAUCGACGUCAUACAUUAAAUCAGUCUACAAUUAUUCCUCAACUUGAUAGAGAUUUAUCUAUUGAAAGAAAACCAUUAUCACCAACACCCAUUGAUAUUCUUCCACCGAAACCUUUAAGUCCCUUUCGACCAGUUAUUGUUCAUAAAAAAUAUCAAGAGCCAAUUGGUCGUUUUGAAUUUGUUGAUGCUAAUCGAGAUUCAUCAUCAAGUCGAAAUAAUAGUCCAGCAUCAGUUAAACGUAGUCAUACAUUUAAUAGCUCAACAAAUAAUAAUUUAAUAAAAAAUUCUUCAAAUGAAAUCAAAUCAAACGAAGAUGCAACAUGUCAAUCAACACCUGAAUUAAGUACUUGUUCGAAUGAUAGAGAAAGAACUGAGCCUGCAAUUAAUAUCGAAGAAACUUGUGGAUUAUCAACAAGUGGUACUAUACUAAGUAGUACAUCACUCACAGGGUUGACUCCUACGUCUAGUGGAACGAUUGACGACAAGAACGAGGCUAAACGAAAAGCUAUUGCUAUGCAAAUGUAUGAUACAGAAAAAUCAUAUGUUGAAGCACUUAAAAAUCUUGUUACGAAAUAUUAUUUACCAAUGAAAGAUAAAGCAGUUAUUUCAAAUGAUCUUGUUAAUGAUAUUUUUUAUAAAGUCCCUGAAAUACAUAUACAUCAUACGGCAUUUCUUAUAUCGCUAUCACAAAAAUUAUCUCAAUGGGAUAAUAAGCAAACUGUUGGUGAUCUUUUAUUACAAAUGUUUACACGAAUAUCAGUGAUUGAAACUUAUACAAGUUUUGUUAAUAAUUAUAAAACAGCUCAAAUAGCAAUUCGUCUUUGUCGAGAUUCAUCAUCAUUUAAUAAAUUUCUUGAACAACAAGCACGUAUACAUCGUGGACGAUUAACAUUAAGAGAUUUAAUAAUUCAACCGGUGCAACGUAUUCCAAGAUAUGAAUUAUAUAUAAAAGAUUUUCUUAAAUGUACAAAUUUAAAUCAUCCGGAUUAUCAAUUAUUGCUUAAAGCACAAUCAGAAAUACAUUCAUUAGCUGAACAAAUUGAUCAAGUACAAAAAGAUGUUGGUUCAACUGAAUUAACUGUUACAAAUAAUUCAUUAGAAGUUGUUCAAGAUAUGAUUGAAAAUUUAACUGAUUUAGUUACAGCUGAUCGAUAUUAUAUUCGUCAUGAUGUUGUUACAAUUCAAUCUGUAUCAGGAUUAAAAAAAGAUCGAUGUAUCUUUUUAUUUAAUGAUUUAAUUAUUAUAACAAGUUGUAAACGAAGAAGUGGAACAUUAACAAAAAAAUCUACUACUUCAUUUAUUGUAAAUUCUCCAUCGGGAAAACAAUAUAUUGAUAAUGCUAAACAUAAAUUAAUUAUGAAGAUUUCUUUAGAAAGUCUUGAUUUAGCUGCAGAUCAUUUGAAAAAAAGAGGAACACCACCAUCAAUGAUCAAAUCUCUUUCAACAGCAAGUGCUAGUGGAGAAAAAUAUCGACAUUUAGAAGAUGAUGUUGUUACUCUUGGACAUAUGACUGAUUUAGCUAAAACCAUAACUGUACCUCAUCAACAAUUAGAUGAGUCUUUAAAAGAAACUCUUCAUUCAAUUAAUAAACAUAUAACAGAUGAAACAACAUCUUUAGCAAGUGUAAGGACAGCAAGUCCUGAACCGAGUCUUAUUGAUAAUGCUCAAUUAAAACCAAAUAAUAUUCAAUUAAUAAUACAUACAACAGAACGUACGGAAACAAUCGAUGUUCUAUUUUCAUCGUCUGAACAUCGAGCAACAUGGGAAAGAAACUUUCUUGAAACAAAGAAAGCUCUUUUCGAAGUUGCAGCAGGACGACGAAAUAUUAGUUUUCAACAUGUUCUUACUCUUCCACAUAGUCGAUCAGGAAGUCAAUUUUCCUGUGGUGCUCCUCGAUUAUCAUUAGGUGAUAUAUGUAUUUGUAAUUCAGAAGGUCAAGUAUGUUUAGUUAAUGUUCAACCUAAUGUAACAUUAAAAGCCUGCAAUACAGUCAUAUCAUCACGUAUUAAUUGUGUUGCUUAUGUUCCAUCACAUAAAGGUCGACGAACAGGAAGUAGUAUUAAACAUCGUCAUCAUCAUCAUCAUCAUCAUCAACAUAAACAAAAACAUGACGUCGAAGGAGAAGAAAGACAAGAACAUAAACAUGAAGAAAUUAUUCCUAAACAAGAAACAAAUUCCAUAUUAAAAACUUUAGAUGUUCAACCAACAGUUGAAUCAUUUUUUGAUAUUGAUUCAAGUGAUGAAGAAGAUACACCAACAAUAAAUAAUAAUGAUGAUUUUUUUUCAUUGGAUCAAACAUUACCAUCACAACAAUGUAUUCUAUUAGAAAGUGAUUUAAAUAAUGAACAACAAGAUACAAGAGAAGCAACAAUGUGGUUAGGAACUGAUGAUGGAAUAAUAUUAAUAUUUCAAUGUACAGAAACAAUGAAAACAGUUGCACGUAAAAGUCGUAUUGUAAAACAACUUGGUUCUCCAAUUCAUUCCAUCUUAUAUACUGACAAUAAAGUAUUUGUUGCAUUAAGUCAUGGUGAAUUAUGUGUUUUUCGUCGAGAUUUAAGUGGUCGUUGGGAUUUAGAUUGUCCAACAAUUCGAUCAAUUGAAGAAGAUUCCAUUCGACAUGGUAGUGGACAAAAUGAUAAUGAUGAUGGAGAUAAUAUUGAUCCAAUAUCUGUUAUGGCAUUAGCUGCUGGAAGAUUAUGGUGUGCUAUACGAGAUCGAAUAUUUGUUGUUUGUCCAAAUUCAUUAAAUGUUGAACAUUCAUUUGUUGUUGAUGAUUGCCAUCGUCAUAUAUGUAGUAUAGCUACAGGUGGUUCAUCAAUGCAUUAUGUAUGGAUUGCAUCUCAAGGUUCACAUGAAAUUCGUCUUUAUCAUGCAACACAUUUUGUUUGUCUACUUGAAACAAGUAUAAGAACAGCAGUCACACAAAAACUUCAAGUAUGUGAUGAUAUAAUUCGAGCUCAUAAAUUAGGUUGUUUACGUGUCAGUGCUCUUCAUAUUUGUAAAGAAACUUUAUGGGUUGGUACAAGUGCUGGUGUACUAAUAAAUAUUUCUGUACCACAAUUAAUUGAUUCAGGAAAUAAUAAAGUAACAGCAAAUUCACUUCAAUUAAAAGGUUUAUCAUUUGGUCAUGCUGGACCUGUGCGAUUUAUAAUAUCAACUGAUACAACAAUUCUUUCAACGUCAGAAGAAACAACAAGUGUUAAAACUGUUGUACUUAGUAUUGGAGAUGGUUUUGAAGAUUAUGCAAAUAAUGAUGAAACAUUGGGUAAAGAUGAUGCUCUUUCUCAUGUGAUAGUUUGGCAACUAUGA